AUGGGGAAUUCAACGUCUAAGAAGAUUACUAGACGCCACUCUACUGCUACACGUGAGCUUGAAAAGUAUACGAGACCAACAGGACUGUAUCCGAGCUGUCCGUGGGAGCUUAAAACAGCACGCCGACUUAUUGUAGAGCGUAAAUUAGCGCCACGUAUCCCUGGAAAAGAAGUAAAAGAAGGAGAUUUUUCACUUGAAUGUCCAAUUUGUUUUAUGUUUUAUCCCGAGAUUUUGAACAUGUCAAGUUGCUGCAAUAAACCCAUCUGCUCGGAGUGUUAUUUACAAAUACGACCACCGCAAAAGUCCAUUUCCUGCCCAUUUUGCAACCACGAGGCUUUUGAUAUCCUUUACACACCACUGUCGCUGACGGAAAUUUCGUCAGUUUGCUCCGUGAAGAAUCUGCAAUCUCCGUGCCGAAGCAGCGCCAUUGGUAUUCCCAAGCGCGUGGAAACGCAGCCAGCCACAACAAUGCCAAACCCGCAGAGCGUACAUUACGCUUCCGUUGAAGACCGCCACCGCAUUCGCGACUCGCUCCGCUCACAGCUCAGUAUUAGUGACAAACCUGUCACGAACAGUCCGCACCCGAAUAGCGUUGCAGCGCUGAAUGAUGCAGCGUCACAUUCUUUGGCAACACCAGCAGAUGCUGCACGCUUGGAGGAGAUGAUGCUUAUGGAAGCCAUUCGACGAUCCAUGCAAGACCUCCACGUCGAAAAGAACGACGAGGAGAGGGAAGGAUCACAGAGCAGUCAGCACCCGACGCGCGGAAGCGGGGAGAUAGGUGAAGACGACGAUAGCGACGCUGAUUACGCCGACGUUGCGCCUUUGAGCGCGUCACAAAUCACUGUCAGCGAUAUGGGAGCGGGGCACUAUUCUUCGGCACAGCCGUUUGAUUCUAGUCAUCGCAACAGUGUUUCGCAUCCACUGCAGUCGGAAAACAUGCCCAGCUGGCACCCUUGCAGCAAUUGA